AUGAUUAAGAGGGCAUGCUGCGUAGCGAUAACCAUCAGAAAGGGGGGUACAUUAUCAAACAUACCAGGAUAUAAAAACACAAUUGUGAAGGACUUAAUCGAUAAGGUUACGAAAAUUAAGGAGAAGAAUAAAUUUUUUAACUGCAACGAGUAUUACGAUUUUUUAUUUCGUAACUACGCUACGCAUAUUUGCUUGGACGACUCUUUCAAGCUUUUUUAUUUACAAAAUAAAGACGGCUACUUUAGCAAAAAAUUGAUGCGACACGUAUGUUACAUAAUCAGCAAUGCGUCCAUUUAUAGCUUACUAAAAUUUGGGAAGGAAUACAUCAUAAAUCACCUGUCCGAGUGUAACAUUUAUAAGUACAAAUGCGUUUUCCAAAAUGAAUACUAUCACUUUGUGCACAACCUUUUGCUCCUUUGCUGUCUACAGUUAUGCAUGCCGUCAACUUUGGAAAAGCUCCAUCAAAAAGAACAGCAGAAAAUAAGGUUAAAAAAUUUGCACAAGUUUUGUGAUCCCAUGAAUUAUGUAACACCACAAGGUUGGGAAAGUGAAAGGGAAAAUAACGCACCAUGUAAUAUGGAAUUUUUGUCAAAGGUAUACAAAUGCUUCUGUGCGAAUCAUAUAGUUCCUUUCCCUCUUAUGAACAAAUUUAUAUAUCAACUUUGGUGCGAAAAUUAUUUGCAAUUCAAUUUGAGGACGCUUACCCUCAAUUCCCUCUAUGGAGGAGCCUCAGUGCAGUCCACCACGAGUUUACAAAAACAACAGGAUAAAAAUGAAAACCCUUUACCCAUAUGCCAAAUUAGCAAGAUGCUGCUUUACCUAUCCAAGUGUGACUUGCACUUUUACUAUGAAUGUAUUAUAAAUAGGUAUUUUCACGUCAUACAAACGUAUCUAUUUCGGUUGGCUGACGCACCAGUAAAGGAUUUACCCCUGACGCAUGUUAACAUUGACAGUGACAUUUCUAAUGGGGAAGAAAAAAUUAUAGAUAAUUUAUUAGUAAGCCUAGUGAACUUCUUAUCCUCUUCGUAUGUAAUGGGCAAUGUCGAGAAGAAAAUUUCUCCCAUCAUUCUAUGCACCUACAUCACGUUACUGCUAUUCAAAAGGUUAUAUGAGAACCAUUUCGCCUAUUUUAACUGGUCUAGUUAUAAUGCAACCAAGAAAGAAAAUGUAAAAAAGGGCGACUUUCUUCUGAUAACGCAGAGGAGUAAGUCUCACAUGCUCAGUGUGUCCUUUGCAAAAAAGUGCUUCCUACUGAUAUAUGUUAUAAACAGACUUGUGCACAAAAUGCCUGAAGGAGUCAUACAAAACUGGAAUAAAAGGAGAGGAGAAUUGAACAGCACGACAGAUAUAUUUAAAAAAAAUGAUUCACUUCAAAAAUACAUGGAUGUGAUAAUACCUAAGCGUAGCCCCAGCCUCUGCAAAAAUACAAAACAUUGCGAACGCCGAGGAGGGCUCCCCCAAAAUAAAGACAAAAACAAACAAAGAAUUGUAAAGCGCUUGGAAGAAUUAUUUACAAACAGGAACUUUAAUUUUCUCAGCUUUCUUAAUCUCCCCUUUUUAAAAGUGCUGCAUUUUUACUCGUUACAUCACCAGUAUGGUAAUAAAAAUAAAGCAAAUGGAAACUGCAAAAAAUCUGUUCUAGAGAGGGAAAUUUUUCUCUUCUUACAACAGUACAUAAGAAGGCGAUUCCCUCAAUGGGAAUGCACAAGUGGUGGAACGUCCCCUAUGGCCUUCUUUACCAUCGAUAUAGAAAUACAGAAAAGGCAACAGAGAGAAUGCCAUUCAGACGGGUGA